AAAGAAGAAAGGACUAUUCUCACCCAUCUCUCCGUCUUCCUUCAUUCGCAGCAUUUUCCAAUACUGACUAUUCACCGACGUACCCAACAAACCCUAGCUUGCCGGAGCUGAGCUUACAAUCCCGGAAGCAAGAUAGAUAUUGUAAUUUGUAAUGGAGAGGCUUCAUCGGAUUUUCUCGGGGGCCGGGGGGAUGGGCCACCCGCCAACUGAUUCUCCGCUCCUCGACUCCUCCGAGCAGGUCUACAUCUCAUCGCUCGCUCUUCUCAAGAUGCUUAAGCACGGUAGGGCGGGGGUUCCGAUGGAGGUGAUGGGGCUCAUGCUCGGAGAAUUCGUGGACGAGUACACCGUUCGGGUGGUUGACGUCUUCGCCAUGCCUCAGAGCGGCACGGGAGUUAGUGUUGAGGCUGUCGAUCACGUCUUCCAGACCAACAUGCUUGAUAUGCUGAAGCAAACCGGAAGGCCUGAAAUGGUGGUAGGGUGGUACCAUUCUCAUCCUGGCUUUGGCUGUUGGCUCUCUGGCGUUGAUAUUAACACCCAGCAGAGCUUUGAAGCCUUAAAUCCUAGAGCCGUCGCUGUUGUGGUCGACCCAAUCCAGAGUGUUAAAGGGAAAGUGGUGAUUGAUGCUUUCCGUUUGAUCAAUCCACAGACCAUGAUGCUAGGCCAAGAGCCUCGCCAGACCACGUCCAACUUGGGACAUCUCAACAAACCCUCAAUCCAGGCACUCAUUCAUGGUCUCAACCGGCACUACUACUCUAUAGCUAUCAACUAUCGAAAAAAUGAGCUCGAGGAAAAAAUGCUUCUAAACCUGCAUAAGAAGAAAUGGACAGAUGGCUUAACGUUGCGACGAUUUGAUACCCAUUCAAAAACUAAUGAGCAAACGGUGCAGGAGAUGCUAAACUUAGCCAUCAAAUAUAAUAAAGCAGUCCAAGAGGAGGAUGAACUGCCCCCGGAGAAAUUGGCCAUUGCGAAUGUGGGUAGGCAAGAUGCAAAGAAGCAUUUGGAAGAGCAUGUGUCCAAUCUAAUGUCCUCCAAUAUAGUCCAAACGCUGGGUACAAUGCUGGAUACUGUAGUGUUCUAGAUGACAACUUUGGCUUUCCAUGAAACGACUCAACCCUUGUGCUUUCAAUAGAAUGUGUUGCCAUUGUCUUUUGUUUCAUGAUGAAAUAUGGUAGAGAUUAGUCUGCAAUUUCUAUUUUUUCCUGAAAUACUGGUCUCACUCUUGUUAGUUAUUUAACUUAUCGUUGUACUCUUCAAUUGGUUUAAAACAGGCAUUCUAAAUAAUACUUUUUUUAAAUGCUU